AUGGCGAUACUGGGAUUCCACGUGGUGAUAUGUCUAAUUGCGGUGACAAUUAUCACCAAAUUAGUCAGAAGAGCCAAUUUCAUUGAUGUCUUUAUAACGAAUGGAGAAGACGAAGCAGUCGAAGGAUUCUCGAUUCCCAAAUCGUCUCCAUUCCAAUUGAGUCUCUAUCCAGUCAACGUGGCAGAUCUCGUCCAAUUCGAAAUGUACACCCAACUCCAUUGGAUGUGUCUCUGCAUCCCUGUGUCUCUUCUCGUCUACACUCUCUCGGAAAUCUAUAAUUUUGUGAUGCCUGAAAAUAAGGAUUUCAAUGUUUCCAUUAUUUUUAUGCUCGUCGUGAUUAUGUUCGUCCUUCAAGUCCUUAUGACACUUUCCUCGUAUUUGGUUUCGAGUGUCGAUGAGAGAGGGUUCAUGAUUUCCAUUGGAGCCGUCUAUUUUCUGUUUGCAUUCAUUUUUGCCAUGAAUUCACAUCGCAUUUUUGAUAUUCAAAUGUUGGAAGCCUACGACAAGCUGAGCACGAACAUUGCGGAUUUCGUCGAGAGUUCAGGACUUUUCGACAAUUCCACCGCCAACAUUCGUGAUUAUCGUCCGACGAAUCCUCUGAUGAUGUAUAUCUCGCUGUCUGUCUUCUUCUCGAUGCUCUCCGCAAUGCUCGUUUUUCCAAACUUCCGUUGUGCGAUGAUGUAUCUGAAGGCGUUGGAAAUCGAUGGACGAAUCCGAAGAGCUGUCGACCACGUGGCAUUUCUUCUACCCGCUUUCAUUCUGGCUUCGUUUUCAAAGCCAUUAAACCCUCUAAACUCCCAAAAACCCUCAAAAAUUGAAAUUUCCAGCGUCACCAUCGAGCAACUCGACAUCAUCCGUAUCUAUCUUCUCCUCUUCUGGGUCUUCACCAAAUUCAUCACUCGCGUCUCGCAUCUACAAGCGCAUCUCAAUUUGGCAUACGACAAAGUCGCUGAAAUGAGAGCCGAGUCGGGAAAAGUCAAGAACUACACGAUUCAGGCGAUGAUCUAUCGCUACUACCGCUAUCUGUGCUGUGCAGCAAUUCAAUAUUUCGGUCCCGCGAUCCUCGCUCUCCUCUUCGCUCUCCUCCUCAAAACAACCGGGAAUCUGUCAUGGCUCGGCGCGCCACGUGGCAUCGAGAACGCCGAAUUGAACACUCUGGCGCUCACCGGACCGAUUCGCUUCGUCUUUGACACCACGAUUUGUCGUGCAUUCUUCUCAUUUUUGCUCGUUGUCACAUUGCUCAUCAAUUUCUCACUUCAAUUGUUGGGUGUUGUCUAUCACUCGUAUUUUGUUGGUGGCACUGGAACAACCACUAAUUAG